AUGGGCAAAUACUCAGACUCAGACGAAUGGGUGGAUGUCGUUCCCAUCCCUCAAGAUGACGGUGGUCCUAAUCCCUUGGCUGCAAUCGCCUAUACUGAAGAAUACAGCGAAGCUAUGUCGUAUCUCCGAGCUGCGAUGGCCAAGAACGAGAAGUCGGACAGGGCUCUAAAGCUUACAGAGGAAAUUAUCCGGAUGAACCCUGCGCACUACACAGUCUGGCUUUAUAGAGCAGACAUGCUAUUUUCGUUGCAGAAAGACCUUCUUGAGGAGCUAGAGUGGCUGAAUACAGUAGCUCUCAAACAUACCAAGAACUUUCAAAUAUGGCACCACCGCCAAGUAGUCAUGUCCCACAUCCCUACCCUACCUCCCAGAGAAACCGCAUUCCUCGCCCUCAUGUUCGCCAAAGACGCCAAAAACUACCACGUCUGGUCCUACCGCCAAUGGCUCGUCCGGCAUUUCUCCCUCUGGGAUUCCGAACUACCCUACAUUGAAUCACUCCUCCAGAUCGAUGUCCGCAACAAUAGCGCGUGGAACCACCGCUGGUUUGUCGUGUUCGCACGACAUACCGAUUCGAAGAAGCAUAGCAUCAAGAAUGGCGACGCAGACUCAGAUGUACCGCUGGAGAUAAUAGAGCGGGAGGUUGAGUACACAAAGGCUGCAAUCUCUACGGCACCGCAGAACCAGUCCCCGUGGAAUUAUCUGAGGGGCGUGCUGAGGAAGAAGGGCAUAGGCCUCGUGGAGUUGAAGGGGUUUGCGGAGCAAUAUGCGGAUUUGGAGAAGGAGGAUGAGGUGCGAAGUAGCCAUGCGCUUGAUUUUUUGGCGGAUGUCUACGCCGCCGAGGAGCACAAGGAACGAAGUGGAAAGGCGCUGGAGUUGUUGGCUAGGAGGUAUGAUCCUAUACGAAAGAACUACUGGGACUAUAGGAGGAGCUUGCUGGCUUUGGACCAGGUCAGUGCGUGA